AUGGGGGACUGGAACUUGCUUGGCAGUAUCUUGGAGGAAGUUCACAUUCACUCCACCAUCGUAGGGAAGAUCUGGCUAACAAUCCUCUUUGUUUUCCGUAUGUUGGUCUUGGGGGUGGCAGCAGAGGAUGUCUGGGAUGAUGAGCAGUCUAAGUUCAUCUGUAACACAGAGCAGCCAGGUUGCAGGAAUGUCUGUUAUGAUAAAGCUUUCCCCAUCUCCCUCAUCCGAUAUUGGGUUUUGCAGAUCAUCUUUGUGUCAUCGCCUUCCUUGGUGUACAUGGGACAUGCACUUUACAGAUUAAGAGCUUUGGAAAAAGAGCGACAGAAGAAGAAAGCACAACUGCGAGCAGAACUGGAAGAACUUGAACCUCUACUGGAUGAAUACAGGAAGCUUGAACGGGAGCUCAGAAAGCUCGAAGAACAGAAGAAGGUUAAUAAAGCACCUCUGAGGGGAUCGCUGCUGCGUACCUAUAUCUUUCAUAUCCUAACUAGAUCUGUUCUUGAAGUUGGUUUUAUGGUGGGCCAGUACAUUUUAUACGGAUUUCAGCUGGAUUCUGUCUAUAAAUGCACCAAUAUGCCAUGUCCAAAUACUGUGGAUUGUUUUGUGUCAAGACCUACAGAAAAAACCAUAUUCAUGGUGUUUAUGCAUAGCAUUGCUGCUGUUUCACUAUUUUUAAACCUCUUGGAAAUAUCUCACCUGGGUGUUCGGAAAAUUAAACAGAGUCUAUAUGGGACCUCCCGAUGCCAGGGUGCAGAGGAUGACCUAAUCAUCAGUAAGUCAAAGAAAAAUUCCAUGGUCCAGCAGGUCUGUAUCCUGAGCAACUCUUCGCCUCAUAAAAUUAUCCCCUUAACUCAGACCAGCUACAAAAUAUUGCCUGAGGGGCAGGCUGAUGCCCUUCCAAUUUAUCUGCCUCCAGCAGGCUUUCAAACAAUUCAUGAGCAAACUGAUGAAAAGGAUGAGGUGCCUAGACAAACCCCACCUGAGCGCAUUCAUUGUCAAGGUGAUGAACACCCAAGGAAACUGGCAGAAUGUAGCCAGAGUCAGCAUCACAUCUUGCACCUUGAGAAGGGAUCUGACAGGCGCAAUACCCUAGAGAAUCGUGAUCAUUCCUGCAGCAGUGAGGACUCCAACAAUAACAGAACACAUGUCAAUGGCAUUGGCUCCAAGAAUAUACCUCACCCAGCCAAGGCAGCCAUCCAUUCCAGCCACAUGGAAAUCCCAGCGGCAGUGCGCAAUGCAUUACGCAAGCACAGUCGUGUCAGUGUUUGCAAGGAUUAUGGGGAAGACCGCAGUGACUCCCCAGACAGUGGCCACUACCCUUCCACAAGGAAGGCAAGCUUCAUGUCAAGAGUAGUUUCUGAGAGCAAGUUGCCCAGUCGAUCAGGAAGCCCUGAGUCAAGGAGUGGUUCCAGCUCAGAAUCCAAGCGCCUUGGGAAAGGAGAAAGUCCUCCAAUCACACCCCCUCCAGCAGGCCGGAGGAUGUCAAUGGCAAGUAGAGCCAAAAGACGAGCCCCUUCAGAUCUCACUAUAUAG